AAAAACAAACAAAUAAUGAUAUAAAUAAUAUGAAUUAUUUGACAUGUGGAAUAGAUGAAUCGCAUUCAAAUUUCACUCAUCUUGAUGAAACUGAUUGGAAUGAUGAUUCAGAGGAAUCAAUUUUAAAUUCCACUCAACUUAUCGGUACUGAACGGAAUAAUAAGUCAGACACAACAACCAUACGUUCGACUCAACUUUUCGAUAAUAAAUGGGAAAACAGUUCAGUGAUACCAACUCUGAGCUCCACUCAAUUCGUGGACAGUGAUUGGAAUAAUAAUAAGUCAGGCACAACUUUGAGUUACACUCAACUUUUUGUUUCGGAAUUCAAUAAUACGGAAACAUCAACUUUGAGAUCUACGAAACUUUUUGAUGCUGAAUGGAAUAAUAAUUCAGACACAUCAACUUUGAAGUCCACGGGAAUUUUCGAUGCCGAAUGGUUUAACAAUUCAGAUCCAACAACCUUGAGUUCCACUCAACUUUUUGAUGCUGAAUGGAACAAUAAUUCAGAUACAACAACUUUGAGAUCUACUCGACUUUUUGAUACUGAAUGGUAUAAUAAUUCAGCCACAUCAACCUCGAGAUCUACACAAAUUGUUGAUAUUCAAUGGAAUAAUAAUUCAGACUCAACAACUUUGAGUUCCACUCCAUUUUUUGAUGUUGAAUCGGAAAAUAAUUCAGACACAAUAACUUUGAGUUCCACUCAUUUUGUUGGUAUUAAUUGGAAUAAUAAUUCAGACACAUCGACUUUGAGUUCUACGCAACUUUUCGAUAAUGAAUGGAACAACGAUUCACGCACAUCAACUUUGAGUUCGACGCAACUUUUUAAUGCUGAGCGAGAUAAUAAUUCAGUCAUAUCAACGUUGAUGUCUACCAAGCUUGCAGAUAUUGAUUGGAAUAACAAUUCAGACACAUCAACUUUGAGUUCCACGCAACUUUUUAAUGCAAAGCAGAAUAAUAAUUCAGACACAACUUUGAGUUCUACUGAACUUUCUUAUGCCGCGUGGAGUCAUAGCUUAGUCACAUCCACCUCAAGGACUACUCAAUUUGAUAAUAUUGGUUGGAAUAAUAAUUCAGAUUCAACCACUUUGAGUUCCACACAACUUCUUGGUGCUGAAUGGAACAAUAAUUCAGAUACAUCAACUUUGAGUUCGAUGCAACUUUUUAAUACAAAGCGGGUCAACAAUUCAGUCACAUCAACCUUGAUGUUUCCCAAGCUUGUUGAUGUUAAUUGGAAUAACAAUUCCGACACAUCAACUUUGAGUUCGACGCAACUUUUUAAUAGCAAGCAGGACAAUAAUUCAGAGGCAACAAUUCUGAGUUCCACUCAACUUUUUGACUCGAAAUGGAAUAAUAAUUCACACACAACUUCAAGUUCUACUCAACUUUUUGCUUCUGAAUUCAAUCAAAAUUCAGGCGCAACAACUUUGAGGUCUACUCAACUUUUUGAUGCCGAAUGGAAUAUUAGUUCAGUUACAUCAAGCUCGAAGUAUACGCAAGUUUUUCAUAAUGAAUGGAGUAAUAAUUUAGACACAUCGACUUUGAGCUCCACACAACUUUUUGAGGGUGAAUGGAAUAAUAAUAAUUCAGGGACAACAGUUUCAAAAUCUACUCAACUUUUUGAUGCAAAGUGUAAAAAUAAUUUAGUCACAUCAACUCCGAGCACCACUCAUCAUGUAAAAAAUGAUUGUAAUAGUAAGUCAGACACUACAAUUUCGAGUUCCACUCAACUUCCCGACGAUGAGUGGUACAAUAAUAUAGACACAACAACUUUGAGUUCGACUAAAUUUUUCAAUGCUAAGUGGAAUAAUAUUUCAGUCACACCAACUCCAAACUCUACUCAACUCGUUAAUGUUGAUUGGAAUAAUAACUCAGACACAACAACUUCGAGUUCCACUCAACUUUCCAACAAUGAGUGGUAUAAUAAUUUAGACACAACAACUUUGAGUUCAACUCAACUUUUUCAUGCUAAGUGGCAUAAUAUUUCAGUCACACCAACUCCGAAAUCCACUCAACUCGUUGAUGUUGAUUGGAAUAAUAACUCAGAUACAACAGCUUCGAGUUCCACUCAAAUGUUUCAUGCUAAGUGGAACCAUAAUAAAGUCACAACGACUUCGAGUUCCUUACAGCUUUGUGAUUCUGAGUGGAAUAAUUCAGCCACAACAACUGUAAGACCCACACAACUCGUUGAUGCUACAUGUAAUAAUAAUGCAGUAACAUCAACUUCAAGUUCUACUCAACCUUUCGAUGGUGAAGGAAAUAAUUUCAAUACAACAACUUCUAAUUCCACUCAACUUUUUACUACUGAAUGGAACAAUAAUUCAUACACAACUUCAAGUUCUACUCAACUUUUUGUUUCUGAAUUCAAUAAUAAUUCAGAUUCAACAACUUUGAAUUCCACUCAACUUUUUGACACUGAAUGCAAUAAUAAUUCAGAUACAACAACUUUGAAUUCUACUCAACUUUUUGACACCGAAUGGAAUAAUAAUUCACACACAACUUUGAGUUCUACUCAGCUUUUUGAUGCCGAGUUAAAUAUUAGCUCAGACACAACCUCCAGUUCUACUCAACUUUUUAAUUGUCAAUUCCAUAAUAAUUCAGACACCACAACUUCGAGUUCUACUGAACUUUCUGAUGCUGAGUGUAAUAAUAGUUUAGUCACAUCAACCCCGAAAUCAACUCAACUUGUUGAUAUUGAAUGGAGUAAUAGUUCAGUCACCUCAACUGAAGCAAACUAUUUCAAAGAAAUAACGGAUUUUUCAUUUACUACCCCAAAAACAUAUGAAAGUACUUAUAGUAUGGAUAAAAUAACCAACUCCACUUCAAAAUAUCCUUUGAGACAAAAAUUAAAACCCAAAAUGUCUGGUCAGCUAUCAGAGGAAGAUUUAUGUGCCCUUAAAAUUAAUAUUACUGUACCACAUAGAUGUAUUUUCACCAACCAGUUAAAAAAAAUUUACCAAUUAUUGAAUGAUCGCCAUAAUUUACUUCUUCAAGUAGGUUCACAAGGAUAUGAUACGACAUCAAUAGAAAGUUUAAUGGAUUACAUUAUUAAUACACUUAAUACUAGUAUUUCACAUCUAACAAAUGCUUUAGAAACAGGUACUUCACCCAAUACAACUAUUUUAAACGAAUUGUUUCAAUGGCUUCCUGAUGGAUUAGAACCAUACCCAUGUGACUUAUCUCAACUUACCACAAAACCUAUACCUACAACAACCACAACAACAACAACAACAACAACAACAACAACAACAACUACAACCACCACAACAACACCGAAACCGACAACAACGACAACCACUACAACAACACCUAAACCAACGAUAACAACUACGACCACUACAACAACACCUGAACCGACAACAACAACUACAACCACUACGACAACUACAACACCUAAACCUACGACAACCACGACUACUACUACAACAACAACACCUAAACCUACGACGACGACAACGACUACUACAACAACAACACCUAAACCUACGACAACAACGACUACUACAACAACAGUUAAAACGACAAAGUCUUGGCUAGAUGACGAUUUCUUCUUCCCUGACUUUAGUACUACUACAACACUAUCACCUCCGACUCCAUCAGAUUUAAUACCAACUCCUCCGCAAACAUAUCCUCCUUUGACACAACCACCACCACCAGAAGAUCCUUUUCCACCACCAGUUAUAGGUCGUUUAAAAAUUAAUUCAAAAUGAACAAAAUAAGUAAAUAGUUUAAUCCACGUUAUUCGAUAAAAUAUAUUUAUUUUGAUAAAAGCACCAAAUUCACUGGUAUAAUGUUUUAUACGAUCAAUAAUUUCGUUCUCACUUUAAAGUAUUAUCAUAGUAUCCCGUAAAAAAAAAAAUUCCGAAAGUGUUCCGCACGUAGAACUUCUAAAUUUGAGAAUUGAACUUACUUAGGAUCUUUUGAUAAUUCAAAACUGAUUGAUUUAGCACUCUUUACUAAUUUUUCGUGAACCUUAUCUUAAUUUUUUCUGGAACAUGUUUUCAAAGAGAAUUUUAACAUUUUUUUUUUUUUUUUUGUAAAAAUUAUACAAACGAGCAAAAAUUUCUAGAAUGAAUGUAUUGAAAAAACAAUUGAAAAUUCUUCACUAUUCAAGAAAAAUCUAGAAAUAAUUAAAAGCUUGGCUUCUGAACUUUUAAAAAAUAUAAAUAAAUAAUCUUUAAAUAAACCCUUUGCUAACAAGUCCCAGAAAAGUCGAAAUAAGGUAUAAUAGGUGUUUGUAUAAGAACUAACAUUCACAAAUCAACGUUUUUAGUUUUGUUUUUUUCAAGAUUUGGAAAAAAUCUAAUUCAACCUUCUGAAUUUCCUAGAUUUGAAAAUUUUUUAUGUAGAACGUUUUCGAGACUUUCUUUUUUACGUAGAACGUGCAUCUUCAUUAUCUUUACAAUUUAAAAAAUUAAAUGAUUAUAUAAGAAAUGUGAUUUAAAGUAACGUACAAAUGAAUUUGGUGCAUUUUUUGCAAAAACAAAAAAAUAUUUAUUAAUUAAAUUUUUACAUUUGUAAUGUUGUAAUCUUGAUUGAACUAAUAAA